AGUAAAGUAUUGGACAGUCAAAUGUUGAUUUUAGCGUUUAGACAUAUUUAUGCAUAAUGUCAUCUUGGAAAUCUGAGAGAAAACAUUGGUUUUGACCUGAAUGAAAAGAAAAAGUAUCAAUUUAACAACUUUGCUGAUGUAGAUAGACUGAAUUCCAUUAUGAACUAUAGCUAAUUCCUCACGUGUUGAAACGUCAGGGGUUCUGAAUACACUCGUGAAUUAUGGUCCGACCAACGACUACGAGUGGACUUACGACUUCUGCUGUGCCAUGGAGAAGUUCCCAGGCUCCACAGAGGAUGCUCACCCUGAGCUUUUCGACAUCAAUGCCAUGCCCGAGCAGCCGAAGGAAAAGAAACCAGGACAGCUGUCUAAAGAAGAUGUCCAACACUUUUUCAGAGAGGGUUAUUUGAUAGUUGAGGAGUUUUUCCGGCCAGAGGAACUGAAUGCGUGCCGAGAUGCCAUCAAAUUGCUCGUAGAUGAUUUGGUUCUCAAGCUGUAUGACGCGGGAAAAAUCACAAAGCUGUACAAAGAAUAUGGGCUUUUCGAAAGACUCACCGAGAUUGAGAAAGAAUGCCCAGGAGCAAACAUCAUGUUACAUAAAAUAGGUUCAAUGCCGCAGGCACUGCGGGACAUUUGGUCAAAUGACAGAAUGUUAAAUUUAAUAGAACAGCUGAUUGGACCGGAUAUAAUGGGUCACCCCGUGUGGAACCUCAGGACUAAAACUCCACAGAACGAGGCCACAACUGUGCCUUGGCAUCAAGAUGUUGGGUACUUGGACAACAACUCUUACAAGGUGCUACAACCGACUGCUUGGAUCCCAUUACUAGAUGCUAACGAAGUCAAUGGUUGUCUGCAGUUAGCAGUAAAAGGUCACAAGACCGGAAAAGUGGGUACGCAUCAGUGUUGCUAUGGUGGCACGUGGUAUGUGAUGCUGGAGGAGGAAGAAAUGAGGAAAAAAUUAGAUAUUGACACUGAGAAGGAUUUCAAGAUAUGUCCAAUAAAUUAUGGUGGCAUGUUAUUGUUCAACAACUUGGUGCCACAUCGGAGUUUACCAAAUCUAUCAAAGUCGAUUCGUUGGAGUUUAGACCUUCGAUGGCAGAGGCCAAGUGAGCCUGUGGGUUUCUAUGGACUGAAAGAGGGACUUUUAAUGAGGUCUUCCAAAGAUCCAAAUAUGAAGAUUGACUGGGAGGCAUUCGACGCCAUAAACAGACAUGAUAAACAAACGUCUGCUAUGACUGGCAAGGAAGAAAUUGACGAGUUUGACACAACCAUUCAAGGGCCGUGGAUGAAGAAAUGGGAAAUAGUGCACGUGAAUCGACAUGUAGAAAGACACAGAGAAAUGGAAGACCAGCCAGAAACAUGGACGAAGGCGUAACUCUCAAUAACAUAUUGUCGGCUGUAUGGGUCAUUAUUUUCAGCAUUUAACAUUUGUUUUGUUCCAAACAUUCAUUAUGUUUUCUGCAGAUCUUCCUUCUUUUAAAAAGUGUAAUGUUUUGCAUGUGGGCUUCCAGGGCUUCAUUGUACAUAUUAUAAUUAGAAACGCAGAAUUUAUGAUUUGAACUGAAAAUCAUUAAAGAUAUCAUAAGAAAUAUUUAUCCAUGAAUUUUAUCAAUGAAAAUAA